CAUAAAACGAAUACAUCGCUAUCGGGGUAGCACAAUUGCCUCAGAUUAUCCAGUGUGUCCUGUCCUGCCGUGUCGCAGAUGGUUAGGUGUACCGGAUUAUCGUUUACCAAUACAUCCGCUAAAAAGAAAGAUUUAAGAAAUUAUAAAAAUGUAAAAAUUUUAAAAACAUUUUGGAAAGCUAGUCUUUGUAAAAAUAAGGGAAGAAGCGGUAAAUAAGACCGCAAACGAACAUUAAAUCCUUUGAGUUAAGUAAAAAAUGAUUCAGUUCGAUUGAAACGGAACUUCGAAUUCUCUUGCCACUUGUACAUCAUAACCCAAACGGCAAUGAAAAGGAUUUUGGAAACUUUUGAAAUAUUUUUCGUAAAUAACAUACAUACACAUGCUUAUGUUAGUUCUAAAUGAAGUACACCACACUAGUACAUAUGUAUUUGUCAUGUGUUUCUUGGAUAAUUACCUUUUCGAUAUACGGAUAUUAAGUUUAUUUAGACUGUUGACAAUAUUUAUAUUUUUCUUAUAAAUUUCCAAGAAAAAAGGUGAAAGCUUUCAUUUUUGCGUACGCAAUAAUGUUCUGCUGUUGCUUUGUAGUAUUUGCUCAGGUGUCAGUUAGCCUGGACUUAAAAAAGCAUGCUAAUCGAAAUACAGUACUAAUACAGAGUUAGAGAAUACAAUAAUGGUAUAAAUAUCGUUGGUGGUCGCACUAGAGAUUCAUUCGAACAUAACUUGUACAAUAGAGUGCAUGGCAGCCAUGAAAAUACUACUGUUACUAGUCGUGAGCGUUGCGAUCCUGAACUACGGUCUGGUUAACGGUGCCGGUGAAACGUCUGAUACUUCAUCGUCAUCGUCUGGUAGUUCAUCAGCAGCUGAUACUUCAUCCUCAUCGUCUGGUAGCUCAUCACCAGCUGAUACUUCAUCGUCAUCGUCUGGUAGCUCAUCACCAGCUGAUACUUCAUCGUCAUCGUCUGGUAGUUCAUCACCAGCGAGCAGUUCGUCACCAGCGAGCAGUUCAUCAUCGUCUGGUAGUUCAUCACCAGCGUCCAGUUCAUCGCCAGCUUCAUCUUCAUCGGCAGACAAUGCUUCAUCAUCAUCCCCUGGAACUAGUUCAACAAGUCCCACGAGUAGUGAUAACUCUAGAGCAAAAGAAGUAAGAGCAGAAAAGCGCAAGAAUAGAACACUGCGUAAACAAUUAAGAAAACAACGCAAUGCUAUGAAAAGAAUGAAACUUCAAGAACGCAGAAGAAGGCUACGACGCAGGAGACGUCAGCAGAACCGCAGAAGAAGAUCUAACAGAAGGAGAGUCUAAGACAAUAAACGCAUCUUUUGACCGUUUGAUGCCCUGCACUUUGCCAAAAUCAUACUGCUUAAAUAGCAUUUUUGAUUCGAGAUAUUCGAAUUCACUAUAGAUUGCCGAACUGGCAUCGAGGAUUGCAAAAAGGGUGGUAAUACAAAGAGGCAUACGAAGAACUGGGUAAAAUUAAGAUUUCGCUAAUAUAAAAAAAUCUCGCCAAUUACUUCCAUAUGCUUGAAAGCGUUUAAACCAAGUGUUGUGCAUAACCAUAAAAGAGAAAUAUAUGUAGAUGAGCAACAAAAGAGCAACUAUGCAAUUUCAUUGAAUUAGAAAUGAAACUGGAAACAUUAACAACAGACAAUUGAAGUAGAAAUUGUACAAAAACGAACUGCGCUCAUGAAAUGAGAUAGUACGUCCAUAAAAAGGAUUGAAUAUCCAAAAAUAUAAUACAAGAGUUUGGUAGUCAUCCUAGUUGGAAGCAUUGUGUGUGAAAUUGCUACUACUGUCGGUUUCUAUUAUAGCUAUAGAUAUGGGAGAACGUUCUUCCAAUGUCCGGCACUCGAAGUGUCGAUUUCAGACCGUUCGCGCAGCUGUCGCACUGGAAUCAGCUGCUUAUAAAUUUGC